AUGCCUCCUAAAGGUCAAAAACGUGAAAUUGGUCUAAGACAAAAUGAAGCAUUGGAUGCUCUGAAAUCUGGUCCAUCUACUACUAAAAAACAAAAAACUGCAAAUAAACCUCAGCCACAUAAAUAUGUAACUCAUUUAGUGACACAGAAUUUAUAUGAUAAGAAUUG